AUGUCCUUUGGUCUGUUUCAGUUCCAGUUCCACAUCCCUGCCAUCGAUCUUGAUCGAUUGGGGGCAUUCACAACCGGAACGGGCAGGCGUUUUGUGCGGCUUUCGGAGGCUCUCCGGUCUCGCCGCUCUCCAUGGGCCGAGGACGUUGCACGCCGAGGUGGCACAUCAAACCAUACUUCGCAGCCUGCCAGACCUCGUGGUAUACCUCAAGCUGGAGCAGCAACAGGAGGAAGCACCCAGGGUGCAUCGGCACCUGGCCAGCCAGCAACCACGUCAGGUGGAAAACCUCCAGAAGCAGUUCAAGACAAGAAGCUCGCGCGGCUUAAAGACAGACUGAAACUUGUCUUGAAGAAAGGAGGAGCCAACAAACCUCGAUGUAUUGCUUGCGAUGAUCCAGUCAAGCCAUCCAAGCUGGUUGACGCCCCGUGUGGGCACCAGUACUGUCGCCCCUGCACCCGGGAAAUGGCCAACCUCGCCUUCAAGGACAAAAGCAUGUUUCCCCUUCGCUGCUGUGACCAAGAGAUCCCCGCCAAGCAGGUAGCCUCGGCACUGAAACCCCGAGGGCGACGAGUUUACAUUGCGUGGGCGUUCGAGGCCGCCACUCCUCCGGCCGAGCGAUGGUACUGCCCAUCAGCCAACUGCAGGGCCUGGAUCUCACCCCGGUAUCUCAGGUCAGGGGCCAAGUCACAAAAGUGCCCAUACUGCCGCACGGCGAUCUGCCCGCUCUGCCGGGAUCUGGCACAUGGUCAGCGGCAAUGCACGCAUGACCCUGACCUGGGAGAGAUCCUGGAAAUGGCCCGCCAUCGGCACUGGCAGCGCUGUUACAACUGCCAUAGCUUGGUGGAGAGGAAUCGGGGGUGCUCGCACAUCAGGUGCAAAUGUGGAGCAGAGUUCUGCUACAUGUGUGGCCGAAUAUGGGCAACGUGCAGAUGCCAGCCAAUAGAGGACGAUUUCCUGAACGACCCGGCGUGGGAAGAACAGGGCGGCCUCGGCCGUGCAGUGGUCGUGGCAGCGAUGCAGCAGGCCGAUGAAGAGAUUGCCGCGGAAGCCGUCCACGCCACUGUGUAG